AUGGCUACGGUCCGCACGGUGGUUGUGUUUGCAGCAGUCCACCUGGCGACAGGGGAGCAGGCAGCCGUCGAUGGGCCGGUGCCUUUGAUCGGUGAGGCUGCGAAGGAUCACGGCGUGCUGUUCCCUGCGCAGACAAUGUCCAACGUGAAACGUCUCAUGGGCCGCGACUACAAGGAUGCGGGUGUGCAGAGGGACAGCAAGAUGAUGUUGUUCAAGGUGGUCGCUGACUCUGAUGGCAGCGCUGCCGUCAGCGUGACUGUCAAUGGCAAGGAGAAAGUUCUGAAGCCAGAGGAGAUCGCCGCACUGCUUCUCAGAGAAUUGAAGGAGCGUGCCGAGAAAUACUUGGGCAGAGCAGUGAAGCAUGCGGUCGUCAGCGUUCCAGCAUUCUUCAACGACAGACAGCGAAAAGCUGUGAAGAGUGCAGCUAGUCUUGCGGGACUUGAGAUCUUGCAAAUCAUCAACGAGCCGACGGCUGCUGCCGUGGCCUAUGGUUUUGACAAAAAGGAGGAGGAGGUCAUCUUGGUUUACGAUCUUGGUGGCGGUACCUGUGAUGUGUCGGUGCUGAAAGGUGGCCCCAGCGUUCUUCAGGUCUUGGCAACCAGUGGGGACCCACGCCUCGGUGGGGAGGACUUCGACCGCCGGGUGAUGAAACACCUGAUAGAUAGCUUCAAGAAGAAGAGCAGCAAGGACAUCUCAUCCGACGCCCAACUGCUGGAAGUCCUGCAUGUUGAAGUGGAGAAGGCUAAGCGAAAGCUGAGCACAGUGCCACAGGCAUCCGUCACGGUGAACGUUGGUGGCACUCCGCUGACGGAAACUCUGACACGAGCACAGUUCGAGAAGCUCAACGACGAGCUUUUCAGAAGGACCUUGGAGCCUGUGCAGUCAGCUCUGAAAGAUGCGGGGCUGCACAAGUCUGAGGUGACCACUGUCAUCCUGGCCGGCGGUUCUUCGCGCAUCCCGAAAGUGCAGCAGAUGCUGAGCCAGUUCUUCGAUGGUAAAGAGCUGACGCGAAGAAUAAAUCCAGAUGAAGUUGUGGCUCACGGGGCCGCAAUACAGGCUGCCUCCAUGAGUUCUGAGGAGAACUUGGAGUACGGUGGCCUCAUCGAUGUCAUUCCGCUCUCGCUCGGCAUUCAGACCGCUGGCGGCUUCAUGACCACAGUCCUCCAGCGCAACAUGCAGUUGCCAGCAGAGCACUCGAUGCUGUUUUCUACCCACAAGGACAACCAGGAAGUGGCGACUGUCAAAGUCUUUCAGGGCGAAAGGCUAAUGGCCCGCAACAAUCACUUCCUGGGCAGCUUCCAAAUCAAAGGCAUCCCUGCAGCUCCGAGAGGAGUACCGCAGAUCCAGGUGCUUUUCAAGGUAGAUGAAAGUGGCCUGCUCACUGUGGAAGCAUCCGACAGAGAUUCUGGCAAGCGUAGCGAGCUUGCCAUCGAUCAGGAUCGCUUUCCAAGUGGAGAUCAGGUUCAGGAGAUGCUCAAUGAGGCGGAGGCCUUUGUCAAGGAUGACCAGAGAGAGUUUGCACGUGCAGAGGCGCGCAUGGCAUUGAAAUCCCUCGUUCGCUCACUCCACUCAGCUGCGGAGUCUGCGCCGGAAGAGGAUGCUGGAAUAUUCCUGGAAGCUGCUGCCGAGGGCCAGGAUUGGCUUGCAGCAAACCCGGAUGCCGAAGCCGAAGAGAUCCACGAGAAGCGGGAGGAGCUGGAAGCAAACGUGCCCGAGUUGCCCACCAAGCCAGUCCCAACUGGCAGUGGCGAGAGCGGCGGCGAACUCGACAUGGAAGGCCAUGAUGAGCUGUGA